GGGGUGAAGAAGCUCGACCGCCACUUCGGCUACUACCAAUGCUCCUUGUGCGGCAAGAAGAAGGGCGCGCUCUACGGGGAGACUGGCGCGAUCGGCUCGAACUGCUCCAACGUGCUGCGCCACACUGCCGGCGAGUCGCACCUCCGCGCGUGGCUCGCCGACCUGCCGGUGGAAGCGGAGAAGCCGACGCUGGCCGAGCUGCAAACGUCGUGUCGAUCGCGCACAAGUGGCUCGGCAGCGCCCGCUUACAGCGCACCACGCAGACCAAGGUGCGGGGGCAGCACAAGGCGCAGAAGAUUGCGACCAACGCGGCGGUCGACGCCGCCGUGGCCGCUGGCCGGGCGGCGGCGGGGGCGCUGACGCCGAUGACGCCGGCGGCUACGCAGCUGCCCCCCUCCUACGGCGUGAUCACGCCGGCAGGGGCGGCCGCCUGGGGAGCGCAGAUGGCGGCGCAGGCGGCGGCGGCGGCGGCGGCACAGACGGCGGCGGCCACCCCCACCCAGACGCCGUAGGCAUUGACUGUAGGGCACCAGAAGGCUAGCUGGUAGCUAGUAGCACAGCCGCCGGUGCUAGAGAGGGGUCCGCAGAGGUGGCGGGCGGGAGGGUUGAGAGAGAGACCCAUGACCAUCCCAUGACUACAUGGACAUGGACCACACUCACAUGUCUUUGCAUGUAAUUUUGUUAUACCCUCA